CUUUAUUAUUUGUCUCCGAUGCUGGGACUAUAAGAAGCUAUAACUAAAAUCAAACAAACGAAGAUAUUAUAUAAAGGCUAAAAAAUCAUUCUUUAAUUUGCUUUUAAAGUGUAUCAGAUUGGCUUGAUAUUAUAUCUUUACAUAUACCUUCAGUGAUACUUUCCUUUCGCACAUUUUUAUAAUAACCACACACGAUGGCUCUAAAUGUUAAUUUGUUUCUUUCGCGUAUCUCUAUUUUGGCUUUAGCUCUCGGAUUCGUACAAGCGCAAGUAAGCUACGAUGAAAUAAAGACACCACAAAAUGCUAAAUGGUUGGAAAGCGUAGACUUAUCUACUGUGCCAAAACUUCCCGUCAGAAUGGUUGGGUCUGGUACAUGCCCUGAUGCUUUAUGUGAUGGUGCAGACAAUGACAAAUGCUUCGAAAGCUGUGGUAACAAUCCCUCUCCUGAAGAUAUCUAUGGUUGUCCUCAAGACCAUCAAUGGGCCCUAACUUUUGAUGAUGGACCUAGUAAUUACACUAGUGAACUUUUGGAUAUUCUUGAUAAGGAAGACAUCAAAGCAACAUUUUGUGUUAUGGGAUCUCAUGUUGCGCAAUAUCCGGACAUUCUGAAGCGUGCCUAUGAUUCAGGUCACCACAUUGCUUCACAUACUUUUUCUCAUCCUCAUUUGAUGAGUUUAACUAAUGAAGAAAUCAUCUACGAAGUCAAAGCUACUGAAGAAGCUAUCGAGAAGGUAAUUGGUGUUAAGCCCAAGUAUAUACGUCCUCCUUUUGGUGAAGCCGAUGAUCGUGUAAAAGGUCUCUUAAAGACAAUGGGUUACAAAGUACUAUUAUGGAAUGUCGAUCCUACUGAUUAUGAUGUAUACAUGUUACGAAAUGUAUCUUCUCUUAUCCAGGGUUCUUUCAAAAUGGCAGUUCAAGGUACUGAUACCGGGUUAAACCUUAAUGAAGACCCAGGAUUCAUUAGUUUACAGCAUGAUUUAUAUAAGCAGUCGAUUGAACAAGUGCCCAAAGUAAUUACCUUUUUGAAGAAUAAGGGUUAUAAAUUCUUUACUGCUGCCGCCUGUAAUAACGAUUUGAGCCCCCACUCUAUCACCGAUGAAUCUCUUAGUUCAUCAGCUGCAAAUAUCAAAAACCAAAACGUUGCAUCGCCAAACGAAUUUAUAAAUAAUGCUGCUACCAAUGCAACGUCCUCAUCUGCCUCUUCGUCUACAUCUGCGCGCGCUACUAGUACAUCAUCAGUUUCUGGUUCAACCAUUACAUUAGCGUCAAAUGCUAGCUAUAUCAUGUCACUUGCCAUAUUGGUGCUCUCUGUUACCAUCCUUUUUUAG